GCGGCGGAGCUGCUGCGCUGCCUGCUUGGCGGCCAGCCCGCGGAGCAGCCAGGCGGCCAGGAGAGGUCCGGCAGGGCCGACGAGCAGGACACCCUGCUGCCGCACUGCGCCGACGCGGUGCCGUCCCCCCGCGGGGCGGAGGCGGAUACCGUGACCACGGCCAGCGCCGCAGCGAAUCGCUCCAGCUCCGUCGCCGAGGGCGAGGACGGGGACGUGGCGGCCCUCGAGAGCGCCAUCGAGCUGGCGACCUCCCUGGGCGUGGACACCUGCCCCGCGGAGGAGGAAGCCGCCGCGGUGCGAGGCCUGCUGAGUCUGCGCGUGGUGUGGGGCACGUUCAUCCGCUUCUUCCUCGUGCCCCUUGGCGUCUCCUUCGACGCGUUGAUGGAGGAGAUCGCCCGCCGCUUCGGCCUCGGCCCCGUCGUGCAGCAGCCGUCGCGCCCGCGGACGAGCCACCAGGAGGGCAGGGCGCCCCUGGCCCGGUUCCCGUUCGAGCUGAGUUGCCGCGAGGGCGUCCAGGUCCGGAGCCGCGCCAGCUGGGAGGCGCUGCUGCGGCGCCGCGGGCUGCACGCGCGGCCCGGGCGCGUGGAGCUGCGGCUGGAGGUGGCCCCCUCCAUGCUGCCGUUGGCGGCCGCCGCCCGCGGCGGCGCGGCGAGCGCGGCUGGCGGCCCCGCGCCGGGCGCCGCGCCGCCGCUGCCGUUCGUCGUGACGGGCACGCGGCUCUCGCCAGAGCCGUCCAGGCCGCCCGCGCCGUCACCAGGGCUCCCGCGGCCCAGCACGAGCUCUGCUGCCACCCGAGCCUCCGCGAGGGGGUGCGGGAUGGGCCGCGCGGGCGGCAGCGCCGUGGCAAAGGGCCGCCAACGCACCACGCAGCAACGCACGGCGCUCGGCGCCGACGCCGCGGCCGCCGGCGGGUGGGGGUGCCCGGCCGCGGCCGUGGCCGAGGCGGGCGCCGCUGGCGCGCUGUGCCGAGAUGGCGGUGCCGCUGGCUUGUCACUGGAGAGUUUGCACAACUACCCGGGCGAGACCAAGGAUGAUCUGCAUGCCGCCAUCGACCGCGUCGGACAGCAGGUCAAGAGGGAGCUCGCCCUCAAGAUCAUCAAGAGGGAGCCCAGAGGUGAACUGUCGUCUGGUUGUAAGGGCUCGGUCAAAGUUACUCCUCUUCCAGGUGGCGAUCCUCCGCAGCUGCACUACAGCAGCGCGAACAUGGCGGAGGUGAGGCUCGACAAGAACGCAGUGGCAGAGAAGCUCGCCGGGUGUUUCGCGAAGCCUCCGCAGACGGAGCCGUUACAGCUCUUGUUCUGGAAUAUUCGUUCGCUCUUCUACCACGAGGUCUCGAUGCGGUCUCGCAAACUUUCCUACCUCGCCAAGUACAUCAGAGCGGGCAGUAUUUAA